AUGCGCAUCCAUUUUCACAAUCCAAAGUUAUCUAAUGUUAUCAAAGACUUUACCUCAAAAUGCGACACAUGUCAACGACACAAGGCUGUCGGUAGAGGCCAUGGCCACACUGCUCCUAAGGAAGCUCCACUCAUCCCCUGGCAACAACUCGCAGUUGAUCUCAUCGGUCCUUGGACACACAUGGUGGCAGGACAAGAGAUCGAGUUCAGAGCCUUGACAAUCAUUGACCUAGUGACCAACUUGGUCAAUAUUGUGCGCAUUAAGGACAAAACGUGUGCGAACAUAACACUUCAGUUUGAAAACGCUUGGCUCGCCCGUUACCCGCGCCCUGCAACGGUCAUCCAUGACCAAGGAACCGAAUUCACGGGAUUCGACUUUUAA